CAGCUCGGCUGGAUGACACCAUUUUUAGAGUUGUUCUGCUCUCGUCCCUGAAGUGGAGUUCCCUUUUUUUUUUUUACCAAUUUUUUUUCUUCGCGUGAAGCCAGAAUUUUCUAUUUCUUUUUAAGGGUCUUCUCGCCUCCACCUUGUACACUUUUUUUCUUUUUUUCUCUAUUAAUCGUGAAACGAAGAGCAUUAAUCUGUGUGCUGAAUGACACAAUCGCUCCGACACAUCCUUUUGCAAACACGAAAUCAACGGAUCUUUUUUUCCGAUAAGAUAAAGCAGACCCUGCAUAAAAAAAAAACUGCCCCUCCAAAAAGCUUCAGCGCAACGGGAUCUGCCUCGAACAUCACGACCCCAAAUUCUUGUCUCUUUUCCCACCCUUUUCACAACCAGACUGCAACAAUGUCUCCUCCCGUGACUUCUGACCCCGUCACCACGCCCGUGCGGCCCCCGACCCCCGUCCACGCCUUCGGCACUCUUGCCGUCCACGCUGGCUCCCCCAUCGACCCUUCUACCGGCGCCGUCAUUGAGGCCAUUUCUCUGUCCACAACCUUUGCCCAGUCGGCCGUCGGCAAGCCCGUGGGCAUCUACGAGUACUCGCGCUCCUCCAACCCCAACCGAGACAACUUCGAGACUGCCGUCGCGGCCCUCGAGCACGCUCGCUACGCCCUGGCCUUCUCCUCCGGCAGCGCCACCACUGCCAUCAUCCUGCAGAGCUUGGCCGCCGGCAGCCAUGUCAUCUCCGUCUCGGACGUCUACGGCGGCACCCACCGCUACUUCACCCAGGUCGCAAAGGCCCACGGCGUCAAGGUCACCUUCACGCCCGAGAUUGAGGUCGACAUUGCCGAGCACAUCACCCCCGAGACGCGGUUGAUCUGGAUCGAGACUCCCAGCAACCCCACCCUCCGUCUGGUCGACAUCCGCGCCGUCGUCACCGCUGCCCACAAGCACGGCGUCCUCGUUGUUGUCGACAACACUUUCAUGUCCCCUUACGUCCAGAACCCCCUUGAGCUUGGCGCCGACAUUGUCGUCCACUCAGUCACCAAGUACAUCAACGGCCACAGCGAUGUCGUCAUGGGCGUUGCCGCUUUCAACAGCGACAACCUCAAGACCCGUCUGAGCUUCCUCCAGAACGCCAUUGGUGCCGUCCCCUCCGCCUUUGACUCGUGGCUGGCUCACCGUGGUCUCAAGACUCUGCACCUCCGUGCUCGCGAGGCCACCAAGAACGCUACCACCGUUGCCCACGCUCUCGAGGCUUCUCCUCACGUCAUUGCCGUCAACUACCCCGGCCUUGACUCCCACCCUCACCGUGCCAUUGCCCUCAAGCAGCACCGUGACGGCAUGGGCGGUGGUAUGCUGUCCUUCCGCAUCCGCGGUGGCCACGCUGCUGCCGAGCGAUUCUGCCAGGUCACCAAGAUCUUCACCCUCGCCGAGUCUCUGGGAGGAGUUGAGAGUUUGUGCGAGGUCCCCAGCAGCAUGACCCACGCCGGUAUCCCCCGUGACCAGCGUGAGGCUGUCGGUGUCUUUGACGAUCUCGUCAGACUGAGCUGCGGUGUUGAGGAUGCUGAGGACCUGAAGAACGACGUUCUCCAGGCCUUGGAGCUUGCCGUCUCUUUCACCAAGGGCGCCAACGGUACCAACGGCAUCUAAACCCAUUAUUCCCUGAUUUCCACUGGAUUCAGUUCCAGUUUUUUUGAUCUUUUCUUUACAUCUUUUAGAUAUGUGUCAUGAGCAUUUGUUUUUUACAACCAUUAUAGACAAUGAAUAGGAAGCGUGGAACAGAUUUACGAAUCUGAACAAAAGCAAACUGUUAUGAGGGGAAGGGGGGGGAAGAAACAGUACUUUAAGCCGGCCCUAUUCUAGGAGGUCAAGGCAAUAUCAAGCUGUGGCAUGAAACGGCGUGUGAAAUGUGAUUUUCCCAAAAAAUUAUGGGCUAAUCUCUUUUCUUUUAUGGGUUACUGCUAUUUGGGAACUUGGUUUUAUUACUUUUACUAUUGUCUAGGCACUGGAGAUAUAUACACAAUUCAGCUGUAGAGCGAUGAUUGAAUUAUAAUUCAAAUGUCUGUCAAACUUAGGAU